AUGACGGGCAUCUUCACUGGAUUUUUCAUCGGUCUCGUUGUGAUUUCAUUGGUGUCGAAUGCUCGCCGGAACGGAACCAUUCUUCUUCCAGGGUCCUCCCGUAAUUUCGAGCAGUGGCUCAAUUUAGAAAACCUCCGAAUACUCGCGAAGCCGUCGAGCAGCAGCGUUCCAAUUGCUCAAUAUCUUUACGACCGGGUACAGAUCUCUUGCGUAGUUUUGAGCUCGAAGCAGCGGCAAGCUCGCGCAGUAAUCGGGACUUGGGGCCGGCACUGCAACUCGCUGAGUUUUGUCGCCGAUUUCGAGGACAAAUAUGUGCCAGUCGAUCUCAAAGCUUCGUUGCAAGACCCGCACAUCCUUUGCCUUACGCUUCACAAAUUCGCCGAGAAGCGCUUCGUCGCCGACAAGAAUCAAUGGUUGCUGCUGGCAGACGACAUGACUUUCGCCGUCGUGGAAAAUCUCAGAUAUCUAGUCGCUCCUUUGAAUACUAGCGAAAAUUACUACCUGGGUCACGCAGUCACCCGACGAACGCUGCGAGGGAGCGAGCUGAUCGUCAACGUGUUGAGCGGCGGAAUCGUACUGAGCCAAGGUGCGGUGCUCGCACUCCUAUUGGCGCUGAGCCCAGAUUGCAAUGAACGAAAAGAGGAGGAGCAUUUCGAUGUGACAAUAGCUCAAUUACUUAUGGGAACGGACGCUACUCUGUUAGACACUCGCGACUCGAGCGGAUCGACCAGAUUUCUGGCGCGACCUGUUGAGAAGCUUCUGAUCGAGAAAAGUGUAUCGCCGUAUGAUAAAUUCGUGGAAGAAUCGAUAUUUGCCCCGAAAUUGGGAAAACGCUGUUGCAGCGCUAACGCAAUCACAUUUCACGGAGUCGAUGCUUUGGACAUGCACUUCUUCGAGUACCUGGUCAACAGAGUUCAAAUCGGGAAGUCAAGUAACUCAUCGCCACCGUUGCGGAGCGAAGACAUACCCCCUGUUAUUCUGGAAG